GUAUUCUAUGAGACCGUGCAUUUGCAUUUUAGUGGCUUCAGAAUAUAAACCUUCGUCAACACAGCCCACAGCGCGUGCACGCACGUAGACAUACUGGAAUGUUUCAGUACUCCGUACCACGAGAUGGCAGUAGCUAUUCUGCCAUCUGUUGUGGUUUAAGCUGCUGUGGGGUUGCCACUACGGUGCAUGAACUACACUAGGAAAAGAACAGCGACUGAACACACAGCGAUUUGGAUUCGUGGGCCUAGAACUAGUAAUAUCUGGCAACUUACUCCGUGUCUCACACACACAACAUUGCAGGCAACAGACAGCUGUAUUGUCGACAUAGUGAAGGACCCCAGCGAUCAACAGAAAUAACAUCGUAUAUCAAGAGGACUCGAUAUUCUGGAUCGGCAGUACUUAAAUUAUUGAACAAAGUUACAUUGGCUUAGUCGGUAGUUCGGGUUAUUCGGGGAAACCGUGUAAUACCGACGUGCUUCUGGGAUCAAAUCGCCAGAAAGAGCGAGAGAGCGCAGCUCCUAACUGGUAGUGGGGUGGAGGGGAACAUUCUAACCUCCGUAUCAACAUGGCAAUGUCCCUGAUACAAGCCUGUCGCAGUCUGGCUCUUUCAACAUGGCUGCUCUCUUUUUGUUUUGUGCAUUUGCUGUGUCUGGACUUCACUGUGGCGGAGAAAGAGGAAUGGUACACCGCCUUUGUGAACAUCACUUAUCUAGAUCCCGUGACUUCUGAGAGGAAAACAGAGAAAACGGAGUGCGGACGCUAUGGAGAGCAGUCAUUGAAGAAAGAAGCUAAAGGGGUGGUGGUCUUGCCCUCCGUUCUGCAAGACAGACAGGCUUGCGACCCAAACACUAAAUUUACAAAUCCAAAUCCGAACAGUGCGUGGAUUGCCCUGAUAGAGGGCGGCAACUGCACGUACAAAGAUAAAAUUCGACAUGCGGCAAGCCACAAUGCGUCUGCUGUAGUCAUAUUCAACGUGGGUUCAAGUAAUGCCAACGAAACCAUAACAAUGCCUCAUCAAGGCACAAGUGAAAUUGUGGCCAUAAUGAUCCCUGGGCCCAAAGGCAAGGAGAUCAUUGCUCUUCUAGAGCAGAAUAUCACCGUCAACAUGCACAUCACCAUAGGAACACGGAACCUUCAGAAAUACGUGAGCCGAACGUCCGUGGUGUUUGUCUCCAUCUCUUUCAUCGUGCUCAUGAUCAUCUCCCUGGCGUGGCUGGUGUUCUACUACAUCCAGAGGUUCCGCUAUGCCAACGCUCGAGACCGCAACCAGAGGCGGCUCGGAGACGCAGCCAAAAAAGCCAUUAGCAAGCUUCAAGUCAGGACCAUCAGGAAGGGUGACAAGGAAACCGAGUCAGACUUUGACAACUGUGCCGUGUGCAUUGAAGGCUAUAAGCCCAAUGAUGUAGUCCGGAUAUUACCCUGCAGGCACGUCUUCCAUAAGCACUGCGUGGACCCUUGGCUGCAAGACCACAGGACGUGCCCCAUGUGCAAGAUGAACAUCCUCAAGGCCUUAGGCAUUCCGCCUAAUGCCGACUGCUCCGAUGACAUCCCUCCCGACUACGAGUCAGUGUCUGUGGGUGGCCAGGGUCAGCCUGUGGUGACGGGAGCGAGCGAAGUGACGGUGAGCGAGAGCUCGGUGGUGCUGGACCCUGCCAUCCACUCCAUGGGUCUGCCACAGGUCUACCACGACAUUGACCCCCUCGGCCUGGUUGGAGAGAGCCGCCUUAUUGCCAGCAGUGAACACCAGGCCCCAUUGAGCAGUGACUCAGACACCUCGCUUAUCUUGGCUGAAGUGGGCCUGUCUGACGUGGAGUUGUCCGCUGAACAGGAGCAUGAAGAGGUCAAGUCCUGAGCCAGCUCUGCCAGCAGCCAGCGUCUCCCCAUUGUUGCCACGGAGACGAGACGAGAGGAGAAGGAAGCACCCCAGGCCAGGAGCAGAAACCAGAGAGCCUUCUUAAAAGAAAGCGGGAGGGAAGAAGAAUAACCAUUUACUUACUUGGAAGCCCGAUUUUGUGCGACAUCCUUUUUUUUAAGUCCCUGUGGCUUGGUCGGCUACAGCAAAUGGCAUUCAGGAAAGGAGAAAGGUACAAUGUUUGUUAUCGCUAUCACUCACUGGCCACAAUCACACUACCGUCGUUACCCCUUUCCCUUGCUUUCUACGCGCCUGACAGAAAGCAGAGGAAGCAUUCAGCCAAUCACUGUCAAGUUCUUUGAUGAACAUUCUACACCUUCUUACUUUUUCCCCCAUUGUGUUCUCACCUCCCCUGACUGGAGAAAUGUUGACUGUUUGAUUUCCUUAUACGAGAUCACUGCCAAUGUACGUACGUAUAUUCCUGAUUGAAACACAAAGUCUUUCUAUACCUGUAUAUCUAUAGAUAUCAAUGCACACAUGCAGCUAACAGCAAUUGCUUUAAGUGUCGAAAAGCAGUCUGUGUGAGAUCCAACCAGCAUCAGUAAAGUUAUUGUCCCCAACACUAGAAUACAAUGAACUUUGACCUUUGACCCUGGGGAAAGAGAUGUCUUUCUAUACUCUCACCAUGCCUUGUCGCAUGGACUAUGCACAGCCUCCCACCUUACACGUUUUUUGCAGUUAAUGCCCCAAAACAUUGACUCUGUGACCAGUCGGGUUUUCUUUGUUUU